AUGCAAGGAGAAUUUGAAAUGUCCAUGAUGGGUAAGUUGAACUACUUCCUUGGGUUGCACAUCAAACAAACAAAGGAUGGCAUAUUCAUCAAUCAAUCUAAAUACUGCAAAGAACUUCUCAAAAGAUUUGACAUGGAUGCUUGCAAAGAUAUAGCCACUCCGAUGGGAUUAGGGACAUAUCUUGAUCAGGAUGAAUCCGGAACACCAAUUGACAUAACUAAAUAUCGAGGUAUGAUUGGUUCGUUGUUAUAUCUAACGGCUAGUCGACCUGAUAUUAUGUUUAGUGUUUGUUUAAGUGCUCAAUUUCAAGCAUCUCCAAAGGAAUCUCAUCUCUCCGCUGUAAAGAGAAUAAUGAAGUAUCUCAAAGGAACAUCCAAUGUCGGUUUAUGGUACCCCAAAGGUAGUAUAUGUAGUGUUGUUGGUUUUUCUGAUGCAGAUUAUGCAGGAUGCAAAACAGACAGAAAAAGCACGAGUGGAACUUGUCACAUUUUUGGAAAUACACUAGUCUCAUGGUCGUGUAAAAAGCAAGCGAGUGUGGCUCUCAGCACCACUGGUAGUUGUUGUUCUCAAAUUCUUUGA